AUCAAACUCACCUACUGAAGCUGUCAGAGUGAUCAUCCAGAUCUCAACAGCUACAACCGUCAUGAUCCCAAGACUACUAGCUACGAAAUCCUCAUCGGUGGCUCUUGGGCAGCUUCUGGGACGUCGAUCGAUACAAUUGUCCAGGACAUACGUACGAUGUGCGGCUGUCUCUGUCCAGAAUCCUAGCCUGCUCUCUCGCUCAACUCUCAAGCGAUUCUACGUGGCAGAGUCGACCAAUAGAAAGCCCGAUGAGGCUGAACCACCCAAUGCUCCGACUAGUGCCGCCGAUGCGUCUGGAGAGAAGACUGACAUUGUGCCUUUCGAGUCGCUCCAGGGCAGAAUCAACCCCAAUAUCCUCAAAGCGUUGGUCUUCAAGCCAUUCCAGCUCUCGGCUAUGAGCAAGGUCCAAAAAAGAGUGCUCAAAUUGAUGCCAUGGCUGGUGGGAGGCCAGUAUGCGGAAGAUGAUUCUGGAGAUCCCUCUAUCGAAGAGGUCAAGAAGCGUGGACGACAGGAUUUGGUUGUCAAAGCCAAGACGGGAACUGGAAAGACUCUCGCCUUCCUUAUCCCUGCCAUCGAAGCUCGCCUGAACCAACUUCAAACGCUUUCAACACGAGCCAACGAAGAUGGAAGAUCUCCCGACGGGGCUCAGCAAGGUCAAGCUCGCCGAAACGUUUCACGAUCACAUGUCGGUGCCUUGAUCAUCUCACCGACACGAGAACUCGCGACGCAAAUUGCCAACGAGGCGCUGAAAGUUUGCACCUGGACCAAGGACUUUGAGGUCCGACUGCUCGUCGGAGGAGAAAGCCGAGGCUUUCAGUUGCGAAAUUGGAGUCGAGGUAGAAAGGAUAUCGUCGUCGCUACUCCUGGUCGAUUGUGCGACUUGUUGAGCGAGCCCGAUGUGGCCGAGGCCGUUCAAGGAACCGACCUGUUGAUUCUCGACGAAGCCGACACACUAUUGGAAAUGGGUUUCACCAAAGAUCUCAACUUUAUCAUCGAUCAUCUGCCUAAAAAACGACAGACAUUCCUUUUCUCCGCUACUGUCUCCAAAGAGAUUCACCAAAUUGCCAGACGCACAAUUCAGGACAACCAUCAAUUCAUCGACUGUGUACCGAAAGAUGAGAGCAACGUCCACCUUCACGUACCGCAAUUCGCAACUGUAUUGAAAAGUGAAGCCGAUCAGAUUCCACACAUCAUUCGACUCAUCGCCCACGACCAAUUUAACAACCCAGACAAUUCCAAAAUCAUCCUAUUCUUGCCCACCACCAAAUUGACCAUGCUCUAUGCCACGUUGAUGCGAGAGCUCAACCACAACUUGCCCAACAAGGUGUCCGUCCAUGAAAUCCACUCCCGUCUAGAUCAAAAUCAACGAUCUCGUGCCUCUGAACGCUUCAGGAGGGACACACGGCCGUCGAUUCUCGUCACCUCAGAUGUCUCUGCUCGAGGCGUCGAUUACCCCAAUGUGACCCGAGUCAUCCAGGUCGGUAUCCCGUCCAGCGCGACGCAGUACAUCCACCGUGUCGGACGAACUGGAAGAGCAGGCAAAGAAGGCGGACGAGGCGAUCUGGUGCUCAUGCCUUGGGAGCAGGGGUUCAUGAGGGAGAUGCGUCAAGUACCCAUCAAGACCCUUCCAUCUGAUGAGUUGAAGUCUGAAGUCAUGGAAAUGGCCAAGAAGAAAGUUGGUGAUGAGGGGGUCCCAGCUUUGGAGGGAAUCGACGAGGCUGUCCAGAAUUUGAUGCCCUCUCUGGACCCCACUGCCAUCGAGGAAGUCUUCGCAUCUAUGCUCGGAUACUACAUUGGUCAUGCGUCAGAGCUGAGAUUGCGCCCCGACGAGAUUCUUGAAGGCUUGGAGCAAUGGGCUGUCCUCACGGCUGGUCAACCCAAACCCCCUUAUAUGUCCGAGCACAUGCUUGCCAAGAUUGGCAUUAACCGUCGUAACGGCUAUGGUUCACGACGCAUUGGAGGAGGAACCGGUAGCUUCGGUCGAAGCAUAGACGAUGAUGGGGAGAGCAGAGGCGGCUUUGGUGCCCGCUCAAGCGGAGGAUCCGGAAGUAGGUACGGUGACCGUGGAAGAUAUGGAGGUGACCGAGGCGGACGUGGAGGAUAUGGAGGCGGCCGUAAUUCAUAUGGAGGACAGCGUGGGUCAUUUGGAGACGAUCGUGGAUCAUACGGUGGGGGCCGUGGAUCAUUUGGUGGCAGUUCAGGCGGUUCAUCGGGAGGAUCCGACUUCUAGAUGACUUUCGCUUCUUUCAUUAGAACGUUUUCUACGUAUCUUGUGUGUAUCAACAGUAUUGGAAUGCAAGCACACUUCCGCAUACUGAUCUCUCAUACGACGGCUACGAUACGUUGACUCCGCACCGUGCUCCAGGCGCUUAUUGAGCCACACAGCGCCUUGGGCGACAACAAAAACCGAGACGAUUCGUCAAUUCGUUAAUGCGCGCUUCUUUUUUGAACAUUUUAUUUUCAAAUUUCCUUUCGGGCGAGAGCC